AUGUUGAGUGAACCCAGUAGACCAUGGGAAUAUGACUUCAAUAGGUUAAGAUCCUACUUGUGUUGUGGCUUUGUUUGGCACUACUUUUUUUUUGCCUCUCUUCUCUUCUUCCUUCUCUAUCCUUCUCUUGGUGUUGAUGUUGUUGGUGCUGGUACUGGAGCUGGUGCUUUGAACUCUGUAAAUACAUUAAGUGAUAAUAAUAGCAAAGGUCCAAGGGCCAAGGCCCAAGGCCUGGGUUCCAAAUUAGGCAGCGCUAAUGUCUGUCUACAACACACACUGGAAUCUAAACUUGCAUCCGAUAUCGACAAUUGUCCUUCAAUAUGGGGCCCCAAAACGAUGAUGCAGGCAGAGCAAGCAGAGAUGAUGAAUGCGGCUUUGCGAAAGUGA